AUGAUGAAGAAGCUGGUUGGUGUUCUCAUCAAAAGAGAACAAAAAGACAAAAGCUUAUCCUUGAUGAUAAGCUUCAUAGUUCAGAAAGAAAGAUAUAUCCUGGAGAUGAAACGCCUAUCAAAUGGCUCCAUAGACUCAAAUGAUGAAGCCAGUCAAGUUGUUGAACUUCAGGAACUACUGGAAAAGCAAAACUAUGAAAUGGCACAAAUGAAGGAGCGCUUGGCUGCGCUGUCCUCCCGGGUGGGAGAGGUAGAGCAGGAAGCAGAGACCGCCAGAAAGGAGCUCAUUAAAACAGAGGAAAUGAACAGUAAAUAUCAGAGAGACAUUAGAGAGGCAAUGGCACAAAAGGAAGAUAUGGAAGAAAGAAUAACUACGCUGGAGAAGCGCUACCUCAGUGCUCAGAGAGAAUCCACCUCCAUACAUGACAUGAACGAUAAGCUGGAAAAUGAACUGGCAAACAAGGAAGCCAUCCUACGUCAGUUGGAAGACAAAAACAGACAGCUGCAAGAGCGUCUAGAGCUGGCUGAGCAGAAGCUGCAGCAGACGAUGAGGAAGGCUGAAACCUUACCCGAAGUGGAGGCUGAACUGGCUCAGAGAAUUGCAGCUCUGACUAAGGCAGAAGAAAGACAUGGAAACAUUGAGGAACGUAUGAGACACUUAGAAGCUCAACUUGAAGAGAAGAAUCAGGAACUUCAAAGAGCAAGGCAAAGAGAAAAAAUGAAUGAGGAGCACAACAAACGAUUAUCGGAUACUGUAGACAGACUUUUGACAGAAUCCAAUGAGCGUUUGCAGCUACACUUGAAAGAGAGAAUGGCAGCACUUGAAGAAAAGAAUGUUUUGAUUCAAGAAUCUGAAAGUUUCAGGAAAAAUCUGGAAGAGUCUUUACAUGACAAGGAAAGACUUGCUGAAGAAAUUGAGAAACUGAGAUCUGAACUGGAUCAAAUGAAGUUGAGGGCUGGUUCUUUAAUCGAACCCACCUUGUCAAGGCCUCACCUUGACACAUCAGCAGAGCUGAGGUAUUCUGUGGGCUCCCUGGUUGAUAGCCAGUCUGACUAUCGGUCAACUAAAGUAAUAAGGCGACCUAGAAGAGGCCGGAUGGGAGUACGCAGAGAUGAACCAAAGGUAAAAUCGCUUGGAGAUCACGAGUGGAAUAGGACCCAGCAGAUUGGCGUUUUGAGCAGCCAUCCAUUUGAAAGCGACACUGAAAUGUCUGACAUCGAUGACGAUGAUAGAGAAACGCUCUUUAGCUCCAUGGACCUCCUGUCACCAAGCGGCCAUUCAGAUGCCCAGACUCUGGCCAUGAUGCUUCAGGAGCAGCUAGAUGCAAUCAAUAAAGAAAUCAGGUUGAUCCAGGAAGAGAAAGAGUCGACAGAACUGCGUGCCGAAGAGAUAGAGAACAGAGUGGCCAGCGUGAGUCUGGAAGGCUUAAAUCUAGCUAGAGUCCACCAAGGUACAUCCAUUACUGGCUCGGUGACUGCAUCAUCACUUGCAAGCUCAUCUCCUCCCAGCGGACACUCAACUCCUAAACUCACCCCUCGCAGUCCAGCCAGGGAGAUGGACAGAAUGGGGGUUAUGACGCUGCCAAGUGACCUAAGGAAACAUCGGAGAAAGAUUGCAGUGGUUGAAGAAGAUGGGCGUGAAGAUAAAGCCACAAUCAAAUGUGAAACUUCUCCUCCUCCAACGCCCAGAGCUAUCAGAAUGACUCACACCCUGCCUUCUUCAUACCACAAUGAUGCCAGAAGUAGUUUGCCUGCUUCAUUGGAGCCAGAAAGCAUUGGUCUUGGCAGUGUCAAUAGCAGCCAGGAAUCCCUACACAAAGCUCCCAAGAAGAAAGGAAUCAAGUCUUCAAUAGGACGUUUGUUCGGUAAAAAAGAGAAGGCUCGACUUGGACAGCUCAGAGGUUACAUGGAAACAGAGGCAGCAGCUCAGGAAUCUCUGGGAUUAGGCAAACUUGGAACCCAAGCAGAAAAGGACCGAAGACUAAAGAAAAA